CCAGAUUUUAGAAAAGAGAUCUGAUUGGUGCACAUGUAGAUUCAAAAAUUACAAUUGUUAUUCAAAAAUUGCACAGUCAUACAUUGUAUUUUUUACAACUUAAUGUAGCUAUUAAUUGAGAAAGACAAAAAUUAUUAUAUAAUAUGUGUAAUUAUUUUUAUAUUAAAAAGAGAAAUUAAGAUUAUAAAAAAAAAAGAGAUAAAGAUUAGGUUUGCAUUAGUUCAUCAUGUUAUUUACCACCGUUUUUUUGCCGUAGCACAGGCAUAACAAUGGAAUCAUUAUCGUUAAAUAAACACAAUUUUUUAGAGAUAAUAAAAUAAUUUAUAUAAAGGUCGAACACGCAUCACUUUUCCGUAGUGUAAAUAGACAUCGUCGAUGAAACAGACUCGAAAAAUAAUUUUUAACUGUACAUCGUUAUAAAAUGAACAGAUUAGAAGGUCAUAGAACUAUUGGAUCGUCGUUCUAUAAAAAUGUAUUUUUGCUCACGCAAAUGCAACCACCGUGCGUCGAAUUUCAGCGAUACUUUAGGCAGGGUAUGUUUGAUAAACCUAAUACGGCCGGUUUUCUGCAUAUAUCUCAUUAUCUGUCAAACUUAUACGACGCGGCACUUUUUAAGCAAAUGGUCAGGUGGCCGACCUUAUGCAAAAGGGAUGAAGUAACGUAUCGUAUCGAGAUGAAGAACUUUCUCUCCAUUCUAUCGCGUGAUAAUUCCGAUGUUAAUUUUCCACCAAUAUUGAUGUCCCACCUGAUUCAAUCGGGAGGUACCAAGUUUCUGAUUAUCAUGUGGAAAUUAUCGCAAGUCGCGCUUAGAACUUAUAUUAAAAGAGAAUUUCAAGGAGAAUUGUGGAAUGCACCAUGUCCAAGUCUAAUGGAUCAUUUAGCUAUAGCAUAUUUUAGUAAUGUAAUUGCUAAAAAACAUAGUAUUAUAAUAGAAACUCAUAAGGAAAUACAGAAAAUUCAUGAUACCGCAACUACUUUUCUCAACAACGAGAUUGAAAUAUUAAAUGUGUACAAAUUGGAGAUUUUUGAUAGAAAAGAAAAUAUAGAAAAGCUAGUUCUUAAUACAUCAGUUCAUCAAUUAAUUCAAAAACGAUUAAUAGAUGUGGAGGAUGUAAACAUCAUAAGUUUGUGGAAAAGAAGCAUUCUUGAGAAAAUGCAAUACAUAUAUAAAAAAAAUAAAGAAUUAAAUAAAUUGAGAGAAUCCUGCGAUUAUUUGUGCAAACUUGUCCUGAGGAUAAGCACAAAUUCUGGAAGUCUUGAUGCAAAGAAGUUGCCCAAAAUUAAUUGCAAUAAUUUCUUAUUACAGCAUACAAUCAACAAUUUAUAUGCGGAUAACUCUAUCAUUUCAUUCUCCACUUUGCUCACAUUGCUCUAUUUGACAUCUGUACAAAUGUUAUUUCAUAUAAACGCUGCUGAUUUCUCAGAUUUAUCACCAUGCUUACUAUUUGUUCAAAAUAUUUGCAAAGAAAUAAAAUUUCUACACAUGCUGUUUAUUGCAUUGAAUAUUAGAAUUAACAGUAUAGUUAGAGAUGAACAAUGUGAUUCUCGAAAAAAUGAAAAUGCUUAUUCCAAUUCUGAUAUAAACAACAAAUUAUUACUAACUGCAAAUUAUAGAAUAUGUUUGCAAUCUCCCAAGAUUAAUUUUAACUUCAAUAAAUGUGUGGAUGAUAAUCUUUUCUAUGAGAAACUGUGGUCAUCACUGAAAGCUGGUGCGAUGAAAGGCAAACAUAAGGAUCUAUUUAAAAGGUACGCAGGCAAAUAUCGUCCAUCUCACGAGUUGUCUACAGCAUUAUCAGACUUUAGCAAUUCUUGGAACAGUAUGAGCGGAUGGCUGUCUCCUCGUGCACGCUCCACUAAAUGCGUGCAGAUUUUGUCAAAUGGAAAACCACUGUCGCCCUUAUAUUCUCGAUUGCUACAGCGUUCUAAAUUGAAUCUAAAACGUUCCAGAGUGUAUUUGCUUUCAGAAAACUUAUUGUACAGCUCGAGUACGAGCUACGAAGGAUUGAAUUUAACACCAAGGAAACGUCGCUCAACAUCUGAACAAAUAAUAAAGAAUAAAUGUGAUGGAAGAGCGAGGGAUCUCUUUAAUUCUGCUGCCACAUCGUCUUUGUCGUGUGUAUCCUCGAAUUCGGAAAAUUAACAGGAUGCAGAUGUUCGAUGAAAUUAGAAUUCACAAUAUUGGUAUCGAAUAUUUUCAAUUACUCUAAUUUGAAGAAGACAAUUUUGAUGAUAACGUAAAUUCUUAAAAGUAUAGACAAUAUGUUAGUAAUUUGAGAGAGCUUAUUAAUGUUAAUUUAUAUAUUGAAAUGUAAUGCAUAUGUGUGAUAUUAUAUUGCUUCAUGAUAUAUUUAUUUCACUAUCGUUAUGUAUUCCUUUGUACUUUAAGUUUGAAUUUUCACAUGCAGUUUCACAGGCUUUUUUCUGUAGAUUUUAGCCUUGCUUAUAUAAUACAGA